UUUAAAACAUUAAAAUAUUGUUAUUUCCUUGAGUGUAGGAAAAGAGCAGUUCAGAAUGCUGCGAUAUGCAAUCCAACUUCAAGUCAAGCCGAGUGACCCCAUUACGCAUACGCAGUGUGCGCCAGAUAAGCAUCCUCGCAUCAUCGUAAUCAGGCAACUCGCAUCGAGGGCAUCAGCAUUAUUAGCAGCCCAUCCCGAUUGCCAGCGCCGACAACAAAGUGAUAAACUGCUCGACAUCCAGGCAUCAGGGAGUCAAUUAUAUAAUGAUGCGUCGAUAUCUAGGGAAGCGGGGAUCCAGGAAGCCUCGCAUGAUGCACUCAUUUGUGACGCCGUUCGCAGGACUCGACAGGAUGCGGUGUUCAAGGGGUUAGGUCCUGGCAGAGUCCCGCCCAGUUGGCUGUGACAGGCAGCAACUGUCACAAUAGCUGUCAAUGUUUGGACAUUUGUCGAUGACCAUAAAACAGAAGCUUAAAUAUUGGAUCGCUUUCCGAAAGGGGCCAUAAUGGAGCAGCACUUGAGGUGGAUAAAUGGCAGGAAGAAAGUCUAUUUAUGAACAGCCAAUAUAAGCGAUAACAAUAACAUAAGUCUUGGGAUGGGGCACAAUAUUCAAGUUGAGAAGAAUGAACUCAGAAUUUA